UUGAAUUAUCUUCUGACGUGCCUCUACUUAUUAAGUUUCCUCCACCUUAGCACCUAAGUUUAAAAACAUUUCUGUAUUUAGCUAAUCUACCAUACCUCUCUUCAUUUUCAUUCAAAUUUCCACAACCAUCCAUCAAACAAUCAAUUUUCAAGAUUUCCCAAAUGAGUUACCAGCAUGUUCAUGAAGGUCCCUACCCUCCACCAGGGUAUGGACCACCGCCGCCCCAACCACAAGGAUACCCACCGCCAGGGAUGCCAGCGCCACCAGGGUACUACAAUGCAGGGUACCCUCCUCCACCGCCACCUCCCGGACCCCACAGUUAUCAGGGAUACUUUAAUGAUCAAUACCCUCCACCACGACCACCACCAUAUCAAACCUACUCUGGCCAGGGUGGUGACUAUUAUGGCGAUGACAAUGGUUGCUCUUCAUUCCUAAAAGGAUGUUUGGCUACUCUUUGUUGUUGCUGUCUUUUGGAGGAGUGCACUAGGUGCUUCUAGUUUGCUUCUUGUCAUCUGCGAAAUAUUGUCAGCUCAUCAAAUUGCUACUUAUUGUGGACAUAAUCUUGAAAAUGUCAGGAGACUCCUCUGUAAAAGGUUUAUUACGUAUGUGCGAAGAACUUGUACUGUCAAUACUUUUAUUGUUCGUUAUUUUGUCUUGUGGCAAUUGAAUUGUGAAGGAUGCGUUUGUGCUAGAAAUAUAUUAGUACACUUCUGGCUUUGCUAAGAUGUAAUCGUCCUGUUACAGUCAUAUGUUUGUGGAUGUCAUGUUCCUUAAAUUUACAGAUUGUUAUUAUAUGUAUUUCUCACGUAGAGCCAACAAGCUUAAAAUUGUAAAAGUCAGUGUUAAUACAAGUCAAGUUUGUCAUUGUACUA